ACAACGGAACAAACAUGUUUUGAAAAAGUUCCAAGAUAUUCCCGCUUUUGCAACUGGCAGAGAGUAAAGUCACCAAUGCUACUAUCCUGCGCAAAGCGAAGAGAAGAGUGAACGCGACCUACACUACACCGUAGCUUCAAUGAAUAUCAACUCGUUUUCCUCACUGCAUCCACCAUAGCACUAAAGGUAGAGUUUUUCUUCUUCACCAUUUACUUCUUACUAUUUUCGUUCUCCUUCAUGUUGGAUCCAUCAUUUUAGCGUUUCAGGAAUCGGACCAAACUGAUCAGAAUUCCCUCCCGAGUUCUCUGUUUCAGAAACUGGUUUCUUUGUAAAACAAAUUGCCCACAACAUUUUCUAAUUAAACUGAAUCCUUGACGCUUCAACACAGCUGUAGCAUCUUCUUUUGACGAAGAGGCUUGCAAGAACCAGCAAACCCAGCUGAUUCCAAGACCAAUUUGAACAUGUCCCUGCAAAUUUCCUCAUCCCGAAGGGACUGCUCACUGAAGAAAAAGUAGAAGAAACCAUUCCAGUGACAAAAUUCAAUGGAAUCGGAAAAAUCUGCAGAGAGUGGAUUAACAACCCUAUGAACAUAGCCCUGGUGUUAUGGCUAACUUGUGUGGCAAUCUCAGGAGGAAUUCUGUUUCUUGUAAUCACAGGAAUGUUAGACAAUGUCCUAACAAGAAGUCCCAAAGAGACUUGUGGUUUGAGGUCAACAAUCAAAUCCUUAAUGCUCUGUUCACUCUCAUGUGCCUAUACCAGCAUCCAAAGAGGUUCCACCACCUGUUUCUUCUUUGUAGAUGGAAACCAAAAGACAUUUCUAUCCUCAGAAAAGCAUAUUGCAAGAAUGGCACUUACAAGCCCAAUGAAAGGGCCCACUUGAUGGCGGUUGUGUUGUUGCUUCAUGUGAAUUGCUUUGCUCAGUAUGCUUUAUGUGGCCUUAACUUGGGUUAUAAAAGAUCAGAAAGACCUAAUGUAGGUGUUGCUAUUUGCCUCUCCACUGCCAUUGCUGCUCCAGCAAUAGCAGGCGUUUAUGCCAUUUUUGGCCCUCUGGGGAAGGAGCGUGAAGAAGCUCAGAACAAUAACACCACCAACAAUGGCGCUAGCUUAUCAGAGAAAAGCUUGUCAUCUAUACCAAGAAAUGAGGGGACUGGUGGGUGUGUCCACCCUACACUGGCUUCACUGCCUCAUGAAGACAAAGCUACUCAGUUCACGACAAUGGCCACUUAUCCAAUGUGGAGUGGUCCUAGGUGCAAGAUCUGACACGGUGGAUCAAAAGAUUUGGAGGUUUCCGCGGAACAAAUUAUUGUACUGUGGAAGCUCCCAUUCCAUAGUACGCAUAUUGUUGUGCAUAUUAAUCCAUAACGAUGUAUUAAUUAUGUUGAGGUGUCACCUAUGGAUUCAAAACUAUGCAUUUCCUGCAGCAAUAUCUUGUUGAUUUCUUCUCUUCACUA